AUGACUAAAGCACAAUUCUCACCUGAAACACUUGUCAGUGUUCCAUUGAUUCGCCAGAUUCAGCCGGUUUUGAACCAAGCAAGACAGAAAUUAACACCUCCGCUUCUGGAGUCGAUCUCAUUUGACAUCCCUGAGUCAUAUCAAACCACUGCUCAGGGUGGAGGUUUUUUGGUUUGCGACAUAUCAACGCGUCGUAGGCAAAGAAUGGUGAUCUUUGCUAGCCAAAAACAGCUCGAAUUGUUAUUCAACAGUGCCACUCUAUUGAUGGAUGGGACGUUUUCGGCCACUCCACCGUUCUUUAAUCAAGUGUUCACGAUCCACGGGCAUAAAUUUGCCGUGUUGCUUUUGCCUCUUAACCGAUCGAAAAAAGCGACAUAUCAAGAUUUGUUUCAAGAGUUGAAAGAUGUGGCUGCACGGAAGAAUCUGGUUUGGAAACCUGAACGAAUCAUUAAAGAUUUCGAAGGUGGUCUUGUUUCUGCAAUCUCUGUCGAAGUAAAUCAAACCAAUCGUCUUAACUAA